AGCGGCUCUGGCAGCUCGAAAGUGAGUGCAAGGUGAUUGAGAGGUAACAGAAUCACCAUGAUUCUUCAGAGGCUCUUCAGGUUGACCUCUGUCAUUCAGUCUGCAAUCUCAGUCUCUUUGAGGUCUUUGAGGAGGAACAUUGGUGUUACAGCCGUGGCAUUCAAUAAGGAACUUGAUCCUGUACAGAAACUUUUCGUGGACAAGAUUAGAGAAUAUAGAACUAAGCGACAGACAUCUGGUGGACCUGUUGAUGCUGGCCCAGAGUAUCAGCAAGACCUGGACAGGGAGCUGUUUAAGCUUAAGCAAGUGUAUGGUAAAGCAGACAUGAAUACGUUCCCUAACUUCACAUUUGAAGACCCCAAGUUUGAAGUCAUCGAGAAACCACAGUCCUGAAGAAAUAAUGUAAAAUUUGUCUGGUAAUUUGUCCUAGGUUAGCUGUACAACUGAUAAGAAGUAACAGAAUAAACAUACAUUUCACAGCUUAAAAAAAAAAA